UGAUCAUAGAGUUAUCGGAUGCGCAUGCGUGACACAUGUGUUAAUGGUUAGGCAUCUGCGGGCAUAAAAUCCCUUGAUUUUGAUAAAUAUUGGACUAAGAAUUAAAAUACCACCAUGGCUAAUGAUGAGAUACGUGAGGUGACUGAAUGCAAGGACAAAUUACAUGAAAUGUCAGAGAAUCUAGUGAAAGUUGUGUUCCCACAGAAGAUUCGAGAGUUAGGGGAAUUAGUAGAGAGUGAUUUGUUUAGACUAAGUCGGAUGUCAGAGGUCACAACGAAUAUCAACAUUCCAGUUCCAGCCCCAGUCGUUCUAAACCAUUCUGAUGAUGUAGAUGAUGCCCUGAAACCACAUACAAAGAAAAGGAAGCAUGACACAGAGAAUGAUGUACAAGGGUGCAAGGUGUUCUCUCUGCCUGCAGGAUCCGUACCGUGCAACAAGCAGUUAACUGAUCUGAUAGACAUCCUGAAACCCAAGAUAUGCUGCCUCAUAGAACACUGUAACACGCUGAAGAUGUGGAUCCAGCUCCAGAUUCCAAGGAUCGAAGACGGCAACAACUUUGGAGUCUCCGUCCAGGAAGACACAUUAAGUGAACUUCGCCAGGUAGAGAGUGAGGCCGCUUCCUAUCUUGACCAGAUAUCACGGUAUUACAUCACAAGAGGGAAACUAGUCAGCAAGGUUGCCAAGUACCCUCACGUGGAUGACUACAGGAGGAGUGUACUUGAAAUCGAUGAGAAAGAAUUCAUCAAUCUUCGUCUAACAUGCCUUGAGUUGAGAAAUACAUAUCUUUCCCUUCAUGAUGUGAUAACAAAGAACAAAGACAAGAUCAAGAAACCUCGAGGAAACAACACAGAAUCAAUGUACUGAG